AUGGACUCUGCACCCAAAAAGAAAAAGUCUGUCUCUUCUAAAUAAGACAAAUCCUAAGCAGGUAGUGUCAAAUCCAAGAAGUAAUAACCUCCUGGUGAAAUACUGGAAUAAUAACACUCAUAACAUGAUAUUCAAAUUGAUGAUCAUCCCCAAUAGCCUGAUCCCUUUAUUUCUCAACCUCCUUAACAACUAGUCAAAGUUUGCAUUCAUCACAAUCUCCCAUUCCAGUUUUUCUGUGAAGCAUGCGAAGAUCCUAUUUGUUAACAAUGUACCAUCUUAGGUCCUCAUAACACCUAAUUACAUAGAAUUAAUAGGUUAAGUGAUUCUUUCAAAUUGCGAUGUGCUAAAAUUGAAGAAUCCAUAAAAGCCAAUUUAUUAGGGAAAAGAGAAUAGCUGUUAGCAUAAAUUCAUAGAAUAGAAUAUAGAAUUGAAGAGAUUAAGUAUGUCAAAACUAUCGUUGAAAGAGAUGCAAGAGCAGAAUUUGGUGGAGUCUUAGAAAGAUUAAAAUAGAGUGAAGGAUAAAAAUUGGCAAUCCUAAGUCAUGAGAUAUCUGAAUUAUAAAGAGACUUGGAUAAAAUAAAUGAAGUAGGAUCGUAAUUUUAUGAUCUCAAGGAGAUUCCUGAUCCUUGUCCUUUCCUUUUGAAAUCAAGAAACAUCUAUGAUUAGAUUGAAUAUAUGGUUGCCAAACCAUUUAAGGUUUAAAUAGAGGUCUAUCCAUAUGAUUUGCCAAGAGAAUUAACUGAAUUGAGAUUGCAAUUACAGAAAGCAUCUGCUUAAUAAUAAUUGAUCGAAUUCAAAAAUGAAAUUAUUUGGAAGCUAUUGAGUGAAAAGUAGAUCGAUGAAGAGGCUAUUAAAUAGGAAUUGGAGAGAUAAGCAAGUGAAGAAAUAAGUGAGUGGAGUAAAUUAGUUGAUAAAUUCUCAUAAGAAUUGAGAAAACAAUAAUUAGUAUGCUAUUAUUGUGGAUGCAAAAUGGAAAAACAAUAUGUUAAUUCAAUCUGUGCAUAAAACAGACAAGAAUAAGAUUGUAAAAAUAUUUAAGAGUUUAGAUGA